AUGGCUGCAUUGCAAUGGAUAAUGAAAUCACUUUUGUGGAAAGAAAGGGGCAUACGUGUUGAUGGAAGAUUUCUCUCGAACCUUCGUUUCGCGGACGACAUCGUUCUCUUUUCGAGCAGUACCAAUGAAGCAGAAACGAUGCUCAACGAAUUGAACGAAGCAGGGAAGAGAAUAGGACUACGAAUAAACAGAAAGAAGACACAGUUCAUGAAGAACGCCCACUGCGAGGACGGAGGAGUACAACUUGAAGGCUCCCAAAUCGUGGAAACUCCGUCAUACGUAUAUCUCGGACGUUCUAUGAACAUGGAAAACGACUUGAAGGAAGUGCUGAAUAGAAGGAUGAGAGCAGCGCUGGCAGCACUCGCAGCCGUCAGGGAAGCUACGGACCAACUGACGGACCAAGAUCUUCGUGCCCAUCUGUUCGACUCGACAGUUCUUCCAGCGCUCUAUUACUCAGCGGAGACGUGGGCGGACACCGCUGCCACGUCUAGGAAGCUACUUACUACCCACAGAGCACUUGAGACAUGUCCUCUGAAGCUUAAUCGGCGCACACAAUACCUAGCCGGUCUUUGCAGCUCCGACUUAGAAGGGAUGUCCCGUCUUCGCGACCCAGCUGAAUAUAUAUCCAAAGCAAAGCAUAGAUGA